CAGCAGUCUUAGAAGAGGGGGCUUGACAUGCUCUUAAAGACUAAAGGCAAUACCCCAUUAUUAUAUACAUAUAUUUUUUUCUUUUAUCGUUAAAUAUACCUAGGUCCCUACUUAGAGGUAUCGGUGAUCCACUGCUACUAUGUACGGAAACCUGUCAAACGAAGGCUCAUUCUUUUCCUCUAAGGUCAUACAAAGCUCGUCUUUCAAAUCCUGUGCAUGUCCACUACAGUUGCGCUGCUAGUGAUUUCGGAACCAUAGUAAGGCUUUUUCUAGAUGUCAAAACGUAGUAAAUAUGAACGUAGAAUUCGAUCGGCUAAAGUAAGAGCAAGAUCAGAACUUGGCGAUUCUCCGCACAGUUGGUAUUCUUGUAAAUAUGCGGAUAACUUCAACUUGUCUCUAAGUACUGUCCACGAUCGUUGUCCACGUAUUGAUGCUUGCAAAGUUACCCAUGAAGAAUUUGUAGCUGAAUAUGAACGUCCUUACCAACCUGUCGUAAUUCAAAAUGCUCAAAUAAAUUGGAAAGCUAAUGAAAAUUGGACACUAAAGGUAUUUAGUUUGUAGUGUGUACACUAUCUAAUUUUCUAGCUUUUGGGUAAAAAAUAUCACAAUGAGAGGUUCAAAUGUGGUGAAGAUGAUAAAGGUUGUUCUGUCAAACUAAAAAUGAAGUAUUUCAUUCAAUAUAUGAAGGAAAACGAAGAUGAUAGUCCGUUGUAUAUAUUUGAUGCAAAUUAUGGAGAAGCAAGUGCGACUUAUUUGUUUGGUUUACUAUUAAUAGCAUUCAAGGCGUAAAAAGUUAUUGAAUGAUUAUACGAUAUGUCGGUAUUUCAAGGAGGAUUUAUUUUCUCUGGGUGGUGAGAAAACACGACCUCCUUAUAGGUAGGCUUUCCGUCCAGUUCUAUUAUUUGUCAGAAUUUUGUUUUGUUUCUCAUGUACAUUGUAGUUAAAUUACACAUUCAAAAUAACCACAACUACAUCAUAAAGCUACUAGUGAUUUAAGAGAACACCCACUUCCUCAUAACCAUUAAUUUAAUCAAGUUGUUUAUUUCUUUUUUUCCAAAAGAAGGCUUAUGUAAUAAUCAAACGAUGUAGCUCAACCGGGUUGAAAAAGAUAACAAGCGACCAACUUCGUCGGUAAAUUUCCGCUCACGAUGGAGAAAACAAUGAAGUGUUGUUAUAUUCUGCCUUUGGAAUUUUACAUCGAUUUGAUGAUGGUUUGUAAUGGGUCCGCCACGUUCUGGCACGGGUAUACAUAUUGAUCCCCUUGGAACUAGUGCUUGGAAUGCACUAGUAAAAGGAUACAAAAGGUGGUGUUUGUUUCCACCUCGAACUCCAAAAGAACUCGUUAAACCAAAACCAUCCGAUGGCGGCAAGAAUCGAAACGAAGCCAUCUCUUGGUUCGUAUAUGUAUAUCCACGCACACAAGCAUCUGACUGGCCAACGGAGUACGCCCCUCUUGAAAUACUUCAGUGUCCUGGAGAGACGGUCUUUGUUCCUGGUGGUUGGUGGCAUGUUGUUCUUAACUUAACUGACACCAUCGCUGUUACGCAAAACUUUUGCAGUUCUGCUAACUUUCCUAUUGUAUGGCACAAAACUGCACGGAAAAGACCAAAAUUUGCUAAAAGGUGGUUGUCUGCUCUCAGAACUAACCGACCUGAUUUAGCUAAGAUCACAGACAACAUAAAUCUCUCCGAGCACUUUCCAGAUGUCCCUUCAUCUUCAUCAUCAUCUUGUUCAUCCUCAUCUUCUUCACGUUCGUCUUCAUAUUGCUCAACUUGCACUUCUACAAAUCAGUCUCCCGAAAAGAUGCAUCAAUCUAAUACCAGGUCAGGGUUACAUUCAGUUUCACGAUCACCAACUCCAAAGCGUAAACGAUGACAAUGUGGGUAUAUCAAAAUGGACAUUUUUGUCAGGGACAAAUUUUACUGCUUUUGUUUUUAUAUAUACUCAAAUCAGCCAAGGACCUAUUUUUAAAAUAAAAAUUUUCUUAUAUUGCUUACAGAGUUAUUUUACUCGUUGUAAGUCUUGUUGUAAAGUUUUCACUAUUUCAAUUCCCGAUGAAGUAUUAUGUCAUGACUUGAUAAAGCCUAAAGUCAGUGUGUUUAUAAAUUACUUUGAAAUCACUUAUUAUGUUAUCCUAACAUCAUUAUGAAGAAAAGAAAUUAACAAGGUGAAAAGUAAAGGAAUUGAAUUCAAAACACAAAACAGAUCAGUCA